UCUGUCUACCCAUCAUCUCUUUGCUCUGCAGACAGUGAACUGGACCUAAGUGAUGAACAGUAUUCAAGUGAAAUACCACCUGAUGAAAUGUGUUACAAGGAAACUGUAGUUAAAGUUGGAUCCAUUACAGUUCCCAUAUUUUUUAGCAUUGUGGUCCUGCUCAGUCUCCUUGGUAACAUACUAGUGCUUGUGAUCCUUGGACUCUAUGAGAGCCUCAGAUCGUUGACCAACAUCUUCAUACUGAACUUGGCUCUGUCAGACCUAAUGUUCACUUUUGGUCUUCCAUUUUGGGCCUGUUACUACAUCUGGGGCUGGACGCUGGGAGAUGCAGCAUGCAAAGCUGUGAACUUUGUCUUCUCUGCUGGAUUCUACAGCAGCAUUGUGUUCCUGAUGCUGAUGACUGUUCAGCGCUACAUGGCAGUGGUCCACCCUCUCUCUGACUGGGAAAGAGGGCAAGGGUUUGCUGUUAUUCCUAUCAUUGCUUGGGUUAUGAGCAUUUUAGCAGCAUUGCCGGCCUCACUGCAAAAUGAAGUCUUUUCUGAAGCAGAUUCUCAAAUACUUCACUGUAUGCAUAACAGCACUACAAUACACUUAGCAGUUAUAUAUCAACAGAACGUUUCUUUUGUGGGUGCAUUUUUAGUUUUGAGUUUUUGCUAUAUAAGAAUUCUUCAGACUGUCUUCAAGUCACGAGCAAGCAAGAGACACAGGACUGUAAGAUUAAUUUUUUGUAUUGUUGUGAUAUUCUUUGUUGGUUGGGCCCCUUAUAAUGUUGUAAUAUUCCUGAGGUCCUUAACUUACCAUCAGAUUGAGCCUUUUACAGAAUGUGAUGUUACUGAUCAUCUCGACUAUGCGUUGUACGUCUGCCAGCUGCUGGCCUUUUCUCACUGCUGUCUUAAUCCAGUGCUUUAUGCUUUUAUUGGCGUAAAAUUCAGAAAUCAUUUGAAGAUGAUUCUACAGAAGAUAGUUCGAAGGCAAAAAUACAUGGACAAUAAUCGAGGAAGAAUCACCUUAGUUCAGUCUCAGGGGUCCAUGUACUAA